AUAGUUUCUUCCUGUCUCCAUUGCACUAGGGGGCUCUUCAUCACUAUCCACGACCGCAACCACAUCAGCACAAUGCUGCAGUGCUGGCCGGAGAAGGACAUCCGGGCGGUGGUGGUGACGGACGGCGAGCGGAUCCUGGGGCUGGGUGACCUGGGCUGCUACGGCAUGGGCAUCCCUGUGGGCAAACUGGCGCUGUACACGGCAUGUGGAGGCAUGCCCCCUCAGCAGUGCCUGCCAGUCAUGCUGGACGUGGGCACAGACAACGAGGUGAGGCCAGGAAUAAUAACACAGACACAGCGCAGAAUAUGUGAACAUGGGAGCGAGCAAUGAUUGCACUCUUUUUCC